CUGAGGCUGUGCCCGUGUCAGCGAAGUGUGACAUAUUGGGUCUCUAUGACUGUAGUGUUCUGUGAGGCGUGCCAGCAGAAGCCGGGUCUGUAUGCUCAGGUGUCCGAGAUGCUGCCGGUCAGAGUGGCCUCCUACAUGCUCCUGCCCUGCACACUACCUGUGGUAUCAGCCUACUCAGUGGGCAAGAGGUUUGUGGAGUGGAUCCCAGAGGUGCCUGCAGAUAUGCGUUGGCUAGCUGGGGUGGCUGGGGAUGUGGCUGGGAGCGUGUACAGACAGACCUGGAGAGGAGCAACAGCAGACAUAACCAGUGAUGGUUCCCUGAGGAAUUGCAUGAGCCUGCCCUACCCCUGGACAGUGACGGACACAGGGAGAGAGACUGUCAUCUCUCCGGGUUCGCUCUCUCUGCUCUUGACCUCCAAAGCCAAUACUGGAACAUCCCCACCCCCCCCCCCUUCCCACCGCCGCACCAGCCCCCUCAUGCCCAGCCCCUCCCCACGACAGAUCUGCUUCUUUGUUGGCUCGCAGGACGAGACUGACUGA